AUGAGGUGGUGUGUCGCCGUUGUGUUAGCAGUGCUGCAGCUCUGCAGCCCAGCGCUGCAGGCUAAUCUGCCGCCCUCUGUCUCCCAGCUGCAGGACGGGCAAGAAAAACCCAAGCCAUCGCUCAAACCCACGCUGGAAGAUGUUGUCCCUUCCCGGGAAGUCAUCAAACCUCCUAAAAUUACAGAGCUCCCAGAAACUAAGCCAUCUGCAAACUCCAUCCCCAUGUUUAGUGAAUACACCAACCUCAAGUGGGUCACGUGGAACGGCUCCCUCCCAAACGGCGCUGUCGCCAUCUUCAACGGUUACACUGAACGCACUGACUACGUGUGCAAAGUCAACUGCGAGUCUGGCUUCUACACUCCAGGCAAAGGGAGCUUCUGUCUGUACCCAUUCGCCGAAAACGAGUAUGCGUCCUCCAAGUUUGAAGUGCUGGUCAACGUGGACCACUUUGAGUUUCUGCAGUGGGUUGAAGAUUCACAUGGGUCAGUUCCCCAUUAUGCUGUCAAAACAUGCCCCAACUCAGACAUCUAUGUGGCCAAAAACAAGUACGGCCUUGGCAAAGUGGUGACGCGACACGAAGCUUUCUUCCUGCCCUGGGAGGGUGAUGAGUACUGGUACAAGAGCUACCACGUUCUUGCUGUUAACACAGCCAGUUACAGCCAGCACAUCUCUCAUGUGGAGUAUGGCAUCGACCAGAUGAAGCUGUUCCACUAUCCUCCAGAGACCCUGCAGCUCGCCAAAGUCACCAACCUGGAGUGCAGAGAUGUGGAGAAGACGGUUAAACUGGAAAAAACCAGUACAGUGGAAAAGAACUGGGACAUUGGCAGACAGACCCGCAAUGGCUCGGUCUCCACCAUGACGGCCAAAGUGCCCAUCCUUGGCCCCGGGACCGUGGAGUUGACCAAGGAGCAGACGGUGACCUUCUCAGAAGGGACCAGGAUGGUCGAGUCUAUCAGUCACUCAGUCUCUGUGGAGCUGGUGGUCCCACCCAACCACUCCUGUGCCGUGAGGAUGGAAGGCAGGAAGAUGACCGCCGACAUCCCCUUCACUGGCAGGCUGAGCAGAACCAACCACAAUGGAGAAACCCACUGGACGUACAUCACAGGCACCUACGACGGCGUGACCAUCGGCGAGAUCAACGCUGUGGUGGAGAGAUGUCAGCCGCUGACUGAUGCUGUUCCCUGCUCCCCAGUUCAAGACUAA